AUGGGAUGCAUCAAAUCCAAGGCUGCCUUCCAAGGUUCCAACGCUGUCCAGGAUGAGAGGAUCGGGGCAGGGGGCGAGGGCUGCACCGGGGAGAAGUCGUCGCUGCUGGCGGUGAAGGCGGAGGAGAGGGGCCCCUCGAGCCCCCUGGUGCUGGACUACGCGCACCGGCUGUCCCGGGACAUCCUGGAGCAGGCGGUCAAACAGUGGGCGGUGACCGAGAGCAAGUACAGCGACAUCCCCUUCAUCGAGAGCGACGUGCCCUGA